AGAAAGGCUCACGAAGAGGGUAUAUUUACAGGCGGCAAACGUUCCUGGUCAGAGUACGACCACAGCAAGUCGUCUGGCACCAAUGUCUACAUCAUCGCCAUUAUCGGUGUCGUGCCCGCUGCCGGAGCCUUGUUGUGGUGCAUUCGAAAAGCCCUGAAAGCCUCCAAGGAAAAUAACAAGCCACAACAGGAACAGGAACAGCAACAAGAGGGACAGCUUAACUACGGCUACCUCCGGAGCAAGGCGAAAAGCAUAUCCACAGAAAAUGUGGAAUAUAAUGCUCCUACUCCUAUGACGGUGCUGAUGCCACCGGAGGACGAAGUUCCCAGAGGAGAAUUGCAGCUGCAGGAUGUGCUGGGAGAAGGCAACUUCGGCCGUGUCCUGAAGGCGACCGCCUGUAAGCCCGACGGACAUACCACGCAGGUCGCCGUUAAGACCCUCAAAGAAUAUGCAUCAAGCGAGGAGAAGAGAGACCUGCUGAGGGAGAUGAGGGUUAUGCGAGAACUGGGAAAACAUCCUAACGUGGUCGCCUUCAUCGGAUACUGCACGCAACAGGAGCCAUUGCUUCUAGUCAUGGAGCUGGUGGCGAAGGGAAAGCUCUUGUCUUUCCUGCGCGAACACCGCUCCAAGGGCGCCUACUACAAUGACCCCGAGGGUGACGGCAGCCUGGGACCAAGAGACCUGGCCAUGUUCGCCCUGCAAGUUUGCCACGGGAUGCACUACAUCGCCAGCAAGGGCGUCAUCCACAGAGACCUGGCUGCCAGGAACGUCCUCGUAGACGAGCAUAACAGGUGCAAGGUAGCCGACUUUGGUCUCUCCAGGACCGUCAAGGACACAGACGUGUACGAACAGAAGACGAAGGGAGCACUCCCCGUGCGGUGGUUGGCUCCCGAGUGUCUAUACUUGCAAGUGUUCACGACCAAGUCGGACGUCUGGGCCUUUGGCAUACUCCUCUGGGAGAUCGUCACACUUGGCUCAACGCCGUACCCAGGUAUGUGUGCCAGGCAAGUGAUGCAGGAGGUACGGGACGGUCACGUCAUGGCCCAGCCCGCCCACUGUGGCUGGGAACUGUACCGGGUCAUGCGUUCCUGCUGGCAUCCAAAUCCCGCGGAGAGGCCAACCUUCAGUCAGUUGCGUGCAGACCUGGACAAGCUCAUCAAGCUCAACGCGGGAUAUAUCGACUUGGACAAUUUUCCCGAACACGCCUACUACAACAUGUACUACGGAAUCGACGAGAAGGUCUGAUCCCGUCGGAUUGCUGCACUGCUCACCAAAGGAAGCGCCGUUGUAUGAAAUGACUGUGGUGAAAAAUGGACGCGAUGGAUUGUGUUGUGUGCGUAGCAUGCACCGAUGAUUGUCUGAACGUGUC